UCAUGCUUACUCUUCUACGUAUUAGUGCCAAUCGAAUUGAAUCCAUGCACGCAAUUUCUAUUAGAACGAGUUACAGCGGACCGACGGAAAAACUAGCGCCAUCGCUUCCCCUGGCCCCAUCGCUUCAGGCACUAAAAUCGCGCGCUCUGAUUCGUCGAAUAACGAUGACCAUCGGCCACCCGGUUUCGCCGACGGCAUUUAAUGCCCAUGAUACUGGCACAUGUAAGAUGAGAUGAGAUGGUGAAAGUUUUUGUCGCUUGGAUUUGAUUCCAUGCUACUCUCUAUAUAAAUAUCUGGGGGAUCUGCCGUUGCUGUUGCUUCAUCUCAGACCCAUCAAGAUAUCACUUCCACCUUCAACUUCAAGAUGCGCUCCUCUACUCUUCUUAUUGCCGCUGCUACUGCGGUGUCUGCUUCGCCGCUUGCUGCUCGCCAGUCUUGCGAUGUUGCCAACGACUUUUCCAACCCUGGCUGCGCAGAUAUCGCUGUCAUCUUUGCCCGCGGCACCUUUGAUUCUGGAAACAUUGGCCCUUGGGUCGGAUGCCCCUUCCAAGACUCUCUCAAAGCCAAGUUUGGCAACUCUGCCAAGGUUGCGUUCCAGGGCGUUAGCGCCUCUGACUACUCUGCGGAUCUGAGCGGCUACAUUGACGACGGCGGCUCUGCUGCUUGCUCCAGCAGCCUUGCUCGCUCUGUUGAAGACUACGCCAAGCGCUGCCCCAAGGCCAAGUUUGUCAUCUCAGGAUGGAGCCAAGGUGCUCUUUGCGCCCACAAGAGCUUCAACUCGCUGACGAGCUCUGCUACUCGCUCCCGCAUCUUUGCCUUGACCACCUUUGGCGACCCCAUCUCUGUCUGGCAGGACGACAUGUUCUUCCCUGCUGUCCCGUCCAACACCAAGCUCCUGUCUUACUGCAAGACAUCUACCCCCGAUCCUCUCUGCACCAACCCCCUUGAGGACCUGCCCCAUGACCCCAAGCAGUUUGUCCAGCGUCUCGAGGCCAUCUGGAAGGACUUUAGCACUGCCGAUCUCAACGAUGCUCAGAAGCAGGCUGUCAAGGAUCUGAUUAGCGAGCUGCCCAAACAGGCCAGCAAGAAGAUUGGCAAGCUUGGAAAGGACAUCCUUGCUGGCCACAUUCGUCGCUGGAUGCUUACACCUCAGCACUUUUUGUAUGGUGUUGGCCAGAGCCCCAUGACCCAGCAGGCUGCUGGUGACAUUGUUGCUGCUUACCAGUCUGUCAAGGCUUAAACAAGAUCAAAAAAUUCACUGUAAUUUAGGACUGUAUGAUUUAUGAGCGGAAUUGUUACGAUGAUUGUAAAUUGUUUUAGAAAUUAAAUUUACGAUUUCUUUUGAGAGUAUCCAGGAAAAAAAAGGUGUGACUGUAGAAGAGAAAUAACACUAGACUGCAUUAAAAUACACAUAAAACUUUGGGUAUGUUUUGUACUGUUGAAACCCAUCGCUGUCCAUAAAACUCCUCUGCAUAAAUAGAAUUCAUCAAAGUGCAAACUCAAACAGUGUCAACACUGGAUGCGUCAAAAGAGCGGCGCUGGCGGAUAUACUUGGGCCAGGUAUUUGUCAAGACGAGGUACUUAAUGCUCAGCUCAGCAUCGUCAAAGACAUGUUCAUUAAAUUCAAAGGGGAUCUCGCCCGUGUAGUUGAGAAUCUCUGAGGCCAAACGAGGAGUCUCGUUGGCGAAGGGCGUGGCAGGAUCAGAGGCAACAGUCGCCGCACAGACAGCCUGAGCAGCCUCUUCAAAGGUAUGCUUGAGCUUGGCAAAGUCUCCUGAAGCAAGAUUGAGCUGGAAUUCGGCGUUUGUGGCGCUGAUAAAGUCCAAGUAGAUGUGAAGAGCACCCUCAAAGCACUCGCGGGUAAUGGCAAUGAUGGGUGUGUUCUUCUCCUCCUCGCCAAUCUCCUUCUUGGCAACAGCAAAGUGAGCAGCUCGCCAGUCACGAACACGCAGCAAAAAGGCAACAUUCUCACCAGAGAAAUCCUUGAGUGCAGAAAACUCCUGGAGAGGCUCAGGGUUCUUGUCAAGUGUGUGCUCCAGCGCAUCCAUUGUCAAGAUACUGCCUCCCGAGCUAGUACCAAUAGAUGUGGCACGGCUAUUGCGGGAGUUCCAUGUAGUUCCUGAGAUGUCCGAGUUGAGAGACUUGACGCCCUUGGUAGCACCGAGACGCUGGCGAGAUUCCCAGCGGGCAAUGGACUCGAGAGUCUCGCUGGUGAGGUUGCGCUGCUUCACAACCUCGUAGAUGGGGACAAAGAUGGUGAAGAUUUCCAAGAACAUGAUGGAAACGGCAAUCCAGCUGGGAGGGAUAAAGUAGUUGUUGACAGGAGCCAUGGCCGGCACAUACAGGGCAAUGAGCCACAUGGGUGCAGCGGGAAGACCGGCAAUGCAGCAGGCAAUGGUCUGGAAUCGCCAGCCCUGGGUGUCAGCGAUCUUGCGGGAACGGAAGAGAAUGAUGGGAGCGACAAUCCAGGCCCAGCCGAGCUGCCAGAAGCAAGUUGGCCACCAUUCCCAGCCGCGGCCCUGCUGAACUGCAAUCUCCAUUGGCGUUCCGGUGACUUCGGUGCCGGGGAUGCCAUAGUCGCUGUGGAACUUGCGCGAGAUGAGGUAGAUGAAGAUGGUCAUGAAAGCCUGGAAGGCCAUGCCGACACUAACAACAAUGAGCGUCUUGUUAGAGUAGUCGAGCUGGAUCCACCACAUCUUGAUGGAUUCACGCAGAGACAGACGGCCAGGGCGGCGGGUAUAGAUACGGUACGGCUCUGUGCUCUGCUUGGAGAACUUCUUCUGGGCGUUGGCCACGUAGAGGAAGCGGCUGUUGCUUGCAUGGAACAAGGCCACGCCAAAGGGCAGCCAGAGGCCCAUGAUCCAGUACUCAGUAACCUCUGGCAUGACUGGGCCGUAGACGUAACCAGUCGUCACACAGAACCAGUAGACAUGCAUAAGCAGCACAGCACCAAUGGACAAUGGCAGACCGCGGAUGCGGAGAAUGGGCAUGUUGCGGCGGAUCCAUAGGAAGGCGAUGCCGCCAAGCAGGAUCAGAGUCCAUGCGAUGCCAAAGGUGAGCCAGAAGAUGCCGAGGCCAUUGAGGCGGACCUGUGGCUUGGUAUCAACGGUCUUGCCGAGUUCAGAGCCCAUGAUGACUGUCAGGGUUGGGAAGAAGAUUGGAGAUGGAGCGGUGACAGGAUGGGAUGCCAAGGUCAGAGACGCGAGAAUGGGCCAUGACUUUAUAAUAAAGACAAGACGAAAGCGAGAGCCGAACAGAAAAGGGAAAGCACUGCGACUCGCAACGUGAGACCGCGUGGUUGUCGUUGAUUAAACCUCCUCACCUUUUCGGGUAGAACGUGGCGUCCACGCAAAAGCAAAUGAGACCCAACUCGUCGACCAAAACGGCCCAUCAUCAUUCCAAGCAAACCGACUACUUCGGCUCAUGUACCAACGACGAUAACCUGCCCCUUGGGCUCAGUACCAUAGUGGUGACCAACUCCAUACGCGACGGGUAAAACGGGCUGCAGCGCCGAGUCUAUAAGUUGCUUUUUUCUGCUGCACCAGCGCAGCGCGGCACGAGAAAUUUUAACAAGCCACAUGGGAAUGACAAGGGCAGCCGUUGCGCUAAGACGUUG